AUGGAGCGCGAGCUGGACGUGCUUCUUUUGCGCAAGAGGCUCGUGCUCUUGCAGCUGCUAGUUAAGAAAAGAGCACGAGUAGAGCGUAAAUGGUGGGUUCGCCCAAUCUUCGAGAAGCGAAGAGAAGAAGGACUUUACCAUACUGCGAUGAAACGUAUGAGAGACGGCGACGUCGACUUCUUUGUGAGGUUUUACCGCAUGACUCCUCCGACUUUUGAUGAACUGCACGACAUGGUGAAGGAGGACCUGACACGGCAGUUCUUCAUUCGUGAGCCGCUUCCAUCGGAAGAACGCCUUGCGAUUGCCCUGAGCUACCUAUCAUCUGGCCAACAGAUCAAGGACGUGGCCCUGCUAUACAGGGUUGGGCUGGAAACAGCGCGACAGGCAGUCCAUGUCACGUGCCGGGCCCUGUGGGAGGGGCUGCACCAACCAUUCAUGAAGCCUCCUACUGAGGCUGAGUGGGUGGAGAUCGCGGAGGGGUUCAGGCGGAGGUGGCAGUUCCCCAACUGCCUAGGAGCUGUCGAUGGCAAGCACGUCGCAAUCACCUGUCCCAAGGACUCUGGCAGCGUUUUCUACAAUUACAAGGUGUGUAUCACAUGA